UUUAAAGAUAUUAAUUAAAAAAUAGCAAAAAAAUAUAUUAUGAAAUAAAAAAUAAAAAGAUUUAAAAAAUUUUAUAUAUAAAGACAAAAAAAAAAUUAAAGAUAACAACAAAAAAAAAACCAAAAAAAGAGUAAAAGAGAAAGAAAUAAUAGAGAAUCAUGUUGCCAGAGUUACUAUUUUCAGUUGGCAAUAGCAUGCAAGAUAUAUCACGUGAUGAUUUCAGUCUCCUAAAUGGAGAAUGUGUUGUUGACAAAGAUUGUGUAAUAAUACGAAGUAGUACAAAUUCAGGAAGUACAUCAAAUCUUCCAGUAACAACAUCUUCAAUAAAUCCAUCAAUAACACCACCACCGCCUUCAAAUAUCAUAGUGGAUACAUACAAUGUUUGUUCAUCAUCAUCUUCACAAUUACAUCGCAAUAAUACAAAAUCACCCAACUUAGAAUCAGUUAGUAUAAAAAUUGAAGAAAUAAAUAGUUCUGAUUUGUAUAAUAGUCCAUCAUCUUGGCAUCAUCAUCAUUCACAUCAUAUUAAAGACAAAGGAACAUCAAAACUUUUAUUAAGAAACUCUGAUGAUCCUUUAAUAUCACGGGGUGCAACAUCAGUCGAUGAUGAUAAUCCAAAUGAACUAAAAUCAAUGAUGAUGCCAAAUUGUUCACUAAAUCAUGACAUUACAGAUAAUCCAAUAUCAAUUACACAUACUACAGAUCACCAUAUUCAACGAUCUCCAUUACAGGUGAAGAAAAAUCGUUCAACUAAUAAUCAGGGAAAUACUCGUACCAGAAGGAAAGGUGCAUUUAAAUUACGUUUUCAUCAUCAAGCACUACCCCCUGAAUAUUUGAGUCACUAUGAAGCUACUCAAAAUCAAUUAAAUUUAAAACAAAAUACUAACACUGCCAAUGUUAAUUUAAAUAACAAUAAAUUAGUUAAUAAUAGUAAGAAUGUAGAUGGUGAUAUUUUAAAUAAAAAAUCAAAUGUAGCAGCUUUAACAAGAUCCAAUGAUAAAAACUUUGCGAAUUCUCAAGAAAAUGUUAGAAAUUGGUUACAAAAAAUUGCAGAAAUGCAAGAAGCUGCUGCCGCAAAAGAAGCUGCUGAAUUGGCAAUUGCGGCGGAAAGUACUGUGAGUACGUCCAUCGAACCGAUUGAUAUACACGAUGAAAUUGAACAAUUGUGUGAAGUUCAAAGCUUAGAAAAUUAUAAUAAAGAAGUACAAGUUGCAAACAAACCGUCCAGGAUAGUCAGUUAUUCUGACUUGCCUUAUAUGGGAGAAAUGACAUUAGAAAAUUCGAAACCACGUCGUGGUCGUAAACCAAAAAAAGCUGAUAUAUGCCACUUAAUAUAUAAAAAUUAUGGAACUAUAUUUCCUGGUACUCCGAAAGAUGUCUGUUUAAAUGAAUCUGAUAAAUCAAAUAGUAUUUUAGCUAAAAAGCUUACUGAAAUAAUAUCGAAAACUAAUGAUGACAGCCCUGUACUAAUUGAGGAACCUUUAAAUCUGUGUCUUCGAGAUCAGUCUGAUUCUUAUACUAUUUCUAGUGAUGAUGAAGAUUCCGCUAAUGAUUAUGAUACGUCAAGUAAUGCUACCCCCCAUGAAUUAGCUGCAGACACAAUUACUGAUAAUUUAUUAGCAAAAAAUUUAAAAAUAUCUUUAUCAAAUUUUAAAAAGAGUUCUUCGGUAUCACCGAGCAACGAAAAACUUGAUACUCAAGCUCAUCCAUCACAAAAUAAUGAAAACGAGAAAACAAAUUCGUCGGCAUCUAAUAGUGGGCAAUGGAACGACGCACGUAUGUUUAUGCAUCCGGUGGCUUUAUAUUAUCAAAAAAUGAUAGAUUCAAAUAAUCUCCAACCAUCAUCUCAGUGCAAUUCUCCAUCAACCGUAAAUACAAGUACAACAAAUCUGUCAAUUAAACAUCUUUCAUUAUCACCGAAACCUCAGAGUAAAUCACCAUCAAUUUUGAUUAAAAAAGAAAAAUCGGAACGUCCAGAAACUUGUUCUACACCCAGUUCAAUAAAAUCAGGUAUAAGCUUGGCAACAACUAAUUGUGGCUCAUCAAGCACUAAUCAACCGCCACAAAAGCGUAAGCGCUCAGCGAUAUUCAUUCCUCCAAUGCCAGCUGAAAAUACUUCUAAUCCUCCAACUGAAGUUAGUAUCUGCAAAUUUAAGUUCACCGGCGGUGCCAAACCUACUUUACAAGAGAAAAAAAUGCUUUCAGUUGAUUCAGAAGGUAAUUAUCGUUAUUUUAGUGGAACUGGUGAUAAAUCAAGUCGAGGUUAUGAGUUUUUUCCAAGAGAAAGUUUACAACAAUCAGGUGUCAUUCCGGGAGUAAAUUGUUCAGGUGCUUUCUUGAAUGCAACUGGUGAAAAAAUUUCAACUGAUCUUCCACCACCAUCAGCUGGUUUAAGUAAUGAAUUAUUACAAAUUCCUGAUACUCCACCAAGUGCCUUAUUAUUACCACCAGCGAUAUCAUCUAGUAUACGUAGAGAACAUCGAUCAAACUGUUUACAUGAUCGAAAAAAAAGAAAAUCGAAACGUUCAAUUCAACGUGAAAAAUUAGAACAAACUUUUAAGGAUAAAGGAUUCCUAAUACAAACUCAACAAUUAGAGUCAGCUGAAGGUGCAACUUAUUGUAAAUUUAGACAAUUAAAAAAAUUUACAAGAUAUCUUUUUCGAAGUUGGAAAGAUUAUUUACCCGGUGAUGUUCAACAUGCACAAGCUGCGGCAGCUGCUGCUGCUUUAGUAACUGGUUCUAGUAAUGCUAAAUCAAUAUUAGCAUCAAGUCAUCAGUCAACUGCAAUAGAAUCAAUAAGAAAUCAUGUAGAAUCAAAUAUGAAUAAAACUGCUACUGCAGCAGCUGUUAAUAAAAGUUAGAAUUAUAGGGAAAAAAAAAAUUCUGAUUGCUUUUAACGAAUUUCCGCCAUUUUACAGUUUUUUUUAAUGUAAAAGAAGUAAAUCUCAAAUUAUUAUAUGACUGAAUUUGGAAAUUUUUUCAUAAAAAAAAAUUUGAACCUUUAUAAUUUUUUUUUUUUGUAUAGUUGAUUAAAUUUUAAUUUAAAUUGUUACUUUAAAAGUGUUGCAUUAUUAUUGAUCUUGUUGUUAAUUUUUUU